CUAUAGGGUAUAUAAUAAAUCAAAUCAUAAAGUAGAAGAAUCUAUGCAUGUAAAAUUUGAUGAAACCGAUCCCUUUGGGUCGAGUAAGGUAAUUGCAGGUUCAAAUGAAGAAGAAGAGGAAGAGGAAAUCCUGGAAAUUCCUGCGCAAGAAGAAGAAAGUGCAAAGAAGGAACUACCGAAGGCAUACAAACACUUGAAGAAUCAUCCAAGAGACACUAUCAUUGGAGAUAUUGAAAAGGGAGUUAGAACUAGGAACAAUUACAAUCUUUGUGCACACUAUGCGUUCGUUAGUCAAUUUGAACCUAAGAACGUAGAAGAUGCACUAAAAGAUAGUGAUUGGAUUAUAUCCAUGCAACUAGAGCUUGAGCAAUUUGAACGCAACAAGUUUCGGUAUCCUCGAUUUUUUCGGGAAAUAUCGGGAUCAGUUCGAUCCUUGCUCGCCCCUACCUUACAAUAGUUUUUUUUGAAUGAGAAGUUUUAAAUCGAAUUAAACAAAGCCACCCCACAAGCCUCACACCAGUCCGUCGUUUUUUCUUCCCCGUUGUUUUAAUGUCUUCCCACCAAAUCUGCGCUGUUAGGACUUAGGAAUGGCGACUUCUUCCUUCAAAUCUACUUCCAAACGGGGAACCAGGAAUACCAGAAAUGAUGAUUCCAAGGAAUACCCCACUCCCACUUCUUCUUCCUCCUCCUCCAAGCCGCUCCGACGGCGAUCCUUAAGCAUUAGCGCCGUUUCUCGGAUCUCUAGACAAGAUGCUUCGUCGGAGUUUUCUAACAAGCGAGAUAAUCCAUUGUUCUGGACCUCGAAUAUUUCGCCCAGUGACCAGGAUGAAAACAGGAAAGUUGGAAAUGAAAAAGAGACGUCUCUUUUUGAUGGAUUUAGUAAAGGUAAAGUUGCUCGUGAUUCUGCAAUGUCCAUGUCCACCAACAGAGAGGUUGAUAACAGAGGGCGAUCGACUAUUAGAAGCUCUAGGGAUGUCAGGAAUGGGAUCGGACGGAGCCUUUCUCGCGUACGUGGCCGGCCUGUGUCUAGGGGCCGCUAUGGAUCAGCUAAUGAGAAUGAGAUGGAGCAUGAUCCCCUUUUAUUAAAAACUAUUAAUCAAAGAAGAGAGCUAAGACAUGCUGCUAAAAGUUCCAUAGGAUCUGCGCUAGUUGAAAAGGAUACAGUUACACAUGAUCGGGUAACUGGCUCAAAAAUAGCAGCACUCCAAAGUCAACACAAUGAGCUUUCAGAAGAUGAUUCUAAUUAUAGCAUACACAAUUCAACUGGGGAAGAUGGAAUUUCAAUAAGUUCUUUUUCUGAAGCAGAUGAUAAAAGCAUCCCAACUUCUGAGCAGGUUAUGCGAAGGGACAAUGUUAAUAACAUAUUAACCUAUAGUGCUGCGGAUAUUCCUCCAAAUUUGAAUCCUGAGGCUGUUGACUUAGUUUUAAACAUUAGAAAGGAAUAUUGUAGAAAACUUGAGGAGUCUCAAGAAAGGACUAGACAGCUGAAAGCAGAUUUAGCGGUAGAAGAGCAUCACGGGCAGGAGCUAAAUAGAAUUCUCAAGGAGAUAGUACCUGAUUCACGGAAAUUAAUUUCUCCCCAGAGAACUCGGAUUGCAAGAAGAAGGAGCAAUGAAAGAAAAAAGAUGUCGCAACGCCUUACUGAAGAAGCAAUGGCAUACUUUGAUCAUUUUGAUGAAUGUGUAUCAACAUCAACUUUUGAUGGUUCUGACUUCUCAGCACCUGAAGAUCCACCUCACAGUUCAAUUGGAGCAACCUCCUCAGACUGCAAGGGUCUAGUUGAACCCCACGAAAGCAUGGAAGGUUUUUCUCGCAAUACGAAGAUAUCCUGCGGCAUUAGUAAGUUAUCUUUCAUGCACGAAUCGCCGAAACAUCCUGAAGUGGAUGAUGACAUUAGGAGAUGCAUUAAGCUUUUUGAAAGAGAGACAGUCACAAGUGAAAUCAAUGCCGAAAUGGCCGCAUCACAUUGUGAUGAUGCAAGUGCAUACAAAUUGAAAGGACACAUAGAGAGCUUGUGGUUUCAUCGGGUGGUUUACAACAAAAGAAUAGAUUCUGGGGGUUUGCUCCUUUGUGGCGGGGGCAUUGCGGUUGCUGGUUUUCCCUUUGGGUCUUCUUCCAUUUGAAGAGUCAAUGAUCUAAACUGUGAAGGCCCCGCCGCCGUCGCCCGCCGGUCAAAGUCGCCGGAAAAUGAACUUUUUCCGAUUCC